AUGAAUGACGCAAAUAACAAGCCACUUUAUAAAAGCAUUAGCAUAGAUGCUGUCGACGAAUUCGAAAUAUUAAACAGAACUUUUACAAAAAUCGAAAACGAUAUGAAUAGCAAGCCACUCUAUAAGAGCAUUAAGGUGGAUAUAAAGGAAUUGUCGCCGAUAAAAUGUCAACUGUUGGCUAAAGGCAGACAGAGGGCUCAUGGCAAAAAGCUAAAACAGGAAAUCUACUGGGCCACAGCGGAGAAACGCGUCGACGACGAAAUGUCUGCAGACACCAAAGUAGAAAAGUUAUCGUUUAAGGACGUACGACGGGAAGAUCUGCUAUAA